CCUGGAUCGCGACCGCUCCACCGGUUGGGACAUCGCCGCCAUGAGCGACAAGAACUGGGACUUCCAGGGCAGCUGCGGGCGCUGCUUCGAGGUGCGCUGCGACCCCACCUGGCUCUCCGACAACUACGGAGAGAAGUUUGACCGAAGCAAUGUGUGCCGCGACCCUGACGCCAGCGUCGUCGUACAGAUCACCGACUCCUGCCCCUGCUACUACCCCACCAACGCCUACUCCAACAAGCGCUGGUGCUGCGGCGACAUGUACCACUUCGACAUGUCCACUUGGGCGUUUGAGAAGCUGGCGGACAACAAGUGGGGCGUCAUCGGCAUCAUGGUGCGACCCGUGGCGUGCAACUACCAGC